AUGAUGACACCCCAGGAGUAUCAGCUCCCAGUGAUAGACCUGAGUCAGCCGUGUGCAAAGGAGAACAUAUUCCGGGCCGCCAAAAAAUAUGGACUCCUCCAGGUAGUGAACCAUGGGAUCAGCAGGGAGCUGCUUGGGAAUGUGAUGAGGGAGGCGGUUAAGCUGUUCGAGACACCCCUUGAGACCAGGGCCCACUCUGGCCUCCUCAACAACUUCCCCUGGGGCACUUCCCCUGCCCAGUUCUCCCACCAGGUCCCCCUCGUGAAGAUUUAUGACCCCUCUUGCCACGGCCAAUUCACCUCUCUCGGAGGAGUGAUGAGGGAGUUGGCCCCCGCCAUGUUUGGGCUAGCCAGGACGCUGGCGGGGGUCCUAGAGGAGAGCCUCGGGCAUCAGGGCCCCAGCACUUUGAACGAGAAAUGCAACGAGAACACGUGCUUCCUCCGGCUAAACCACUACCCGGUGUGCCCGCUCUCGCCAGAGAGGUUCUGGCCGUUGCCCCACGCGGACAGUGACUUCCUGACCAUUCUCUACCAGGACCAGGCAGGAGGCCUCCGGCUCCUCAAGGACUCCCGAUUCUUCGCGGUCAAGCCCAACCGGGACGCUCUCAUCGUCAGCAUCGGAGACCUUCUUCAGGCGUGGAGCAAUGACGUGUACAGGAGUGUGGAGCAAAAGGUGGAGAAAAACAGGGAGGUGGAAAGAUACUCCGUUGCUUUCUCCCUCUGCCCUUCGUCCGGCUCUCAGAUCGGGUUCUGCAGAAAGCCCUCCGUCUUCAGAAAGUUCACCUGUGGUGAAUACCGGAAGCAAUUUCAAGAGGACAUCAAAAGAACCUGCCGUAAAGUUGGUCUUCCACGUUUCAGGCAAACAGAGAGGAAUAUAUCAUCUGACGUCUCCACGGAGUUGGUGUUCUACGACGACCCGUGGAAGAUCAGGAAGAAGCUAACGAAAAGCGACCUCGACCACUUGUCGCGGCUCCUGCUUCCGCGGGACUGCGUGAAGGCCCAUGUGCUCCGGUGGAUGAAGAAGGAGAUGGUUGACCAGGUCGAGAGCAAGAAGGGGAUGGAGGUCGAUGUGAUAAACGAGGACACAGGUGACGAGCACCGGCUCGUGUUCCGCUACUGGGCAUCCUCGGGGUGCUACGUGCUGAAUGGUGGCUGGAGCAAGCUGUUCGUCAAUGGGGGAGAGUUGAACGUCGGGGACGAGAUCGGGAUGUACUGGGACACUAUCUCUUGCAAGUUCCACUUUACGGUCCUUCGGAAGGUUGCUUGCGGCACAAGCAACCCGGCGGCUUGA